UCGCCUCCUAACAUAGAAGAGUCAAUUUACCUCUGACCCGUCCUGUGACACAUUUUCUGUCAGUAAAUAGAGUUACAUAAAGUAGGACGCUACACCUGGACUUCGUAGUAUCUCCUUGAUUUUUGCACCGUCUCUUUAACACAACCGACAAGAUGGCAGGACGUGACAAAGCGUCAGACCAGCUCAAAGAAUUCAAGAAAACCCAAACAAAGGAGGAUGUGUUGACAACAGGAACGGGGGCCCCAGUGGGUCUAAAGACAGCCACGAUGACUGUGGGCCCCAGGGGACCCGUUCUUCUCCAGGACUUUGUUUUUACGGAUGAAAUGGCUCACUUCAAUCGUGAAAGAAUCCCAGAGAGAGUGGUUCAUGCUAAAGGAGCAGGAGCAUUUGGAUACUUUGAGUGCACCCACGACAUAACAAAGUACACCAAGGCCAAACCGUUUGAAUUCGUUGGCAAGAAGACUCCUUUGGCUGUUAGAUUCUCAACUGUUGGUGGAGAGAGCGGAUCAGCGGACACUGCCCGUGACCCCCGAGGCUUUGCCGUGAAGAUGUACACAGAGGAAGGAAACUGGGAUUUGGUGGGAAACAACACACCCAUCUUCUUCAUCAGAGAUCCUAUGCUGUUCCCAAGCUUUAUCCACACACAGAAAAGGAAUCCACAGACACAUCUCAAGGACCCUGACAUGUUCUGGGACUUCAUCACCCUGAGACCAGAAACCACUCACCAGGUGUCCUUCCUGUUCUCCGACAGAGGCACCCCGGACGGUUACAGGAGGAUGAACGGAUACGGAAGUCACACGUUCAAACUGGUCAACAGUCAAGGCAACCCCGUCUACUGCAAAUUCCACUGGAAGUGUGAUCAAGGCAUUAAGAGUCUUAUGGCUGAUAAGGCUGCCCAAUUGGCUACUGAUGACCCAGAUUAUGCCAUCCGAGAUCUCUACAACCACAUCAGUGAAGGAGACUUUCCCUCGUGGACCCUCAAAAUCCAGGUCAUGACCUUUGAGGAGGCAGAAAAAUUCAGAUACAAUCCUUUUGACCUUACCAAGAUUUGGCCACAAGGAGAAUUCCCCUUGAUUCCAGUUGGAAGAAUGGUUUUGAACAGAAAUCCCAAGAACUACUUCGCUGAGGUGGAACAGAUUGCCUUUUCACCUGCUCACAUGAUUCCUGGGAUAGAGGCCAGUCCAGACAAAAUGUUACAGGGUCGACUGUUCUCCUACUCUGACACACACAGACAUCGUCUUGGCAGUAAUUACCUCCAGCUUCCGGUCAAUUGUCCGUUUAAUGCCAGGACCAAGAAUUACCAGAGGGACGGACCUCAGUGUGUCGACGACAAUCAAGGUGGAGCACCAAACUACUUCCCUAAUAGUUUCUCUGGGCCCCAGGAUAAUCCCUCCGCCUUAGAGAGCGAGUUCUCCCUCAAUGGUGAUGUCAAACGCUACAACACAGCAGACGAGGACAACUUCUCCCAAGUCGGGGUCUUCUGGAGAAAGGUUCUGAAGCCCUCCGAGAGACAGAGGCUGGUGGAAAACAUCGCUAAUCAUGUGAUCAAUGCCUCCGAAUUCCUGCAGAAGAGAGUGGUCAAGAAUUUCAGCCAGGCGGAUCCUGAGUAUGGACGUGGAAUCCAGGAGGUUCUGGACAAACUCAAGGCUCAGAUUAAAUCAAAGAGCGGACUGCCUGCCCAGCUGUAACCUGUGACAGAGUGAUAUAGGGCCGGCUAAUCUGUGACAGAUGACAAACUGAUAAUAUAUACGGCCAGCUAGUAUUGAUCCUGAUUUUUACAGAAACAUUUCUACAUAGUGACAAUAAUGCUUUAAUACAUGAUGAAUCAGUAUUUAAUGAAACGUUUCAUAAUCAAUUAUCCAGGUACUUCCUAUAUUUGUGGUUUUUGUGUGUUUUCAGUCAUUUAAAAAAAAGACAUUUUUAUUCUCAGCAUGUGUUUUGAUGUAAUAUUUAAUCAAUGCUCUGCUAAUGGUAACAUGAAAUAGAUUUAAUAUGUCAUACAUGUAUUUGGUACACAAUGAAUUUAGAUUAGAAUGUAUUCAUGUAGUGAUAGUGUUCAGAAACAUUUCUAAUUUUAAUUACAAUUUUAUUUCCAGAACCUCACUGUUCUUCCUGUUGCAGAUUUCGUAUUAUAAUUCAUUUUCCUGUUAAAGCUGACAAACAUGAUAAUGACAAUGUGAUAUUUAUUAUGUAAUGUAUACAUAGAUAUUUUAUUACUGACUCUGUGCAAGGUUAAAACUUUGUUAGUUUUACAUCAUCUUUUGAUUGUAUACUUUAAAACAUGUCAAAAGUGAUUAUUAAUAAAAAUUAAACAAAUAUG